AUUUAACAGGGAUUUUCAUGCGGGUGGACAGACACAUACAGGAUCAGAGAAUGAAAGUAUUACUCUUUACCGCCGUUCUCCUGCACAUGGGUUACACGAUUCCACAAAACCGCUUGUCCUGCUACAAAAAGGUCCUGAAAGACAGUGAGUGCCCUAAUGUCGGACAGGACAGGAUGAGACGCAUCGACUCACUACAGAACCACUACUGGGAAGACAACGACUGCACCGUGGUGUGUUACUGUAACUUCAGAGAGCUGCUCUGCUGCCCCAGGCAAAUCUUCUUUGGACCAAAGAUCUCCUAUGUGAUUCCAUGCAAAACAUCUGAACUUGCACUCUGAGGGCAGAGCACCAUUCCAUGCUACUUCUCUUGUUCAUCAUACAGUAAUACUGUUGACAAUAAACAUAAUCUAAAUAAUAUAAAGUGUUUAAUGCCACAAUACAGUACGGGGAAGAGGUAUUGUACCAUCAGGACUAACAGGCUAAGGGAUAGCUUUUUCCCUAGAGCCGUAGCCGCCAUCACCUUCCCCCACACACACACACACAUGUGGAGGCACGCGCACACUUGGAGCUGGAACUUACGUCCCCCUACUAAACACACUCACUCACAGGACUUGAAUUAAACUGGUCAAGAACUAAUACUAUCACUACUGACAAUCUGUUAUAAAUUAUUAUACAGAAUGUGCUAUGUGUGACUGCUAUAUAUGUAUGCAUUAGCCUGAAUUGUCUUUCUUUUUCUUUUUUAAGCUGUGUUUUUAGAGUGCCAACUAAAUUUCGUUGUAGAAAUACAAUGACACAUAAACUUUUAAUACUUUAACCAUAUAA